UCCCGCUGCCGCUGGUUGGCUACAUUGUAUCAGUUCCCACACGAAGAACCGAGCACGGCACUCAUCCAGAAAACGGUGAAUACGGAGGAAUUAACCUGGAUGGUAAGCCGUUCGCUGUGGGAUUAAUUUGCCAGAAGGUCGCGGGAGAAGACUGGACUUGUAAUCGGGUUCUUGAGACGGCGCCGAUAAUAAUAAUAUAAAGAAAGAAGAACACACACACGUAAAAAAAAAAAAAAAAAGAAAAAAGAAAAUGCCCUCCGGACUCGGGUUGUUUUCGAUGAGGACGGUAUCUCGAAGUGUGAUGGCAGAAGUCCAGUGAAUCGCUGGCCUCCCCUCCUCCUCUUGUGUUGGAUGUCUCGGGGAGAGCGCCGCCGCUGCUUUCUGCUGCCUCGCAUUUAUUUAGAGGUUUUAUUCCAAUUCACACUCUGAUUUGUUCUUCUUCUUCUUCGUUUUUUUUUUGUUGUUGCAUUUGUAUUUUGUUUUUUUUAUGGAGUGCACGCCACCAUGGACAGACCCGGGUUUGGAAUAGGAGUGGCUAGCUAAGUCGGGCAAAAUGUGGUUAAAUGGAACAGGAACGAGUAGACCGUGAGGAUUCUCUAACCCUAGCCCCCGAGUCCCAACCGUCUGAGAGGGUGUCGGACCUCACUGAGGCAAUACUGGGCUGUUGGCACUAAAAUGUCCCUAAGUGGUGGCACUGCAGGCGGGAAAGGUGUGGACUCUAAUGCGGUGGACACUUACGAUAGCGGGGAUGAGUGGGAUAUCGGUGUUGGAAAUCUGAUUAUCGACCUUGACGCAGAUUUAGAGAAGGACAAACUUGAGAUGUCUGGCACCAAAGACGGCAUGGCGGCACCACCCGGUGCAGUGGCGGCGUUGCCCGACAACAUCCGGUUUGUUAGUCCAGUAUCUGGAGCUCAAGGCAAGGAGAGCAAAUCCAAAUACAAGCGCAGCAAGAACUCUAAAGACAAUAGUAGCAAAGCAUUAGUUGGGGAUGGCGGCAAAAAGGAAACUACAGGACGGACUCAGGCGGAGACGACGGGCACGGCGGCGAGCGCGGGAGCCCCCGGCAACAAUGCCACCUCUGGGAAGAACAUGGAGAAGGGCGGCAAAGCCUCCAGAGGUGUGCCGAGUGGUAAGAAGGAGAAGGAAGGGGCUAGCGGGAAAAGCAAGAAGGACAAAACGGACGGCGCCCCGGUCGUGGCGAUCGCGGCCGCCGAGAAGGAUGUCGUGUCUCAAGCCCAAGUCGCUUUGGGGAAUAGUCGUAAUGCGUCCUUCGAGAACACACAAUCCACAGACUUGGCAGAAGCCAAUCAAAUGGGGAAUAUUGCACUUGAACCUAUAGGGAUAGUACCAGCGUUGACCACAAAAACUGAACCCGAGGAGGUGGAAAAUGGUAAUACUGAAUGCAAGACGUUAAAGAAGGUGAAAAAUGAGAAGAUGGAAUCUCCUGUCUCCACGCCAGCUCCUCCCCCCCUCCACCUCCUGGCCGCAGUAGGCAACAGCGAGAUCUCCUCGCCGUGUGAGCAGAUAAUGGUGCGCACACGCUCGGUGGCCGUGAACACAUCCGACGUGGCCCUGGCUACCGAACCCGAGUGCUUGGGGCCCUGCGAGCCCGGUACGAGUGUCAAUCUCGAGGGCAUCGUGUGGCAGGAAACUGAAGACGGCAUGCUGGUGGUCAAUGUUACUUGGCGAAACAAGACGUAUGUGGGCACCCUGUUGGACUGCACACGGCAUGACUGGGCUCCCCCCAGAUUUUGUGAAUCCCCAACAAGCGAUCUGGAGAUGAGGAAUGGCCGUGGUCGAGGUAAGCGGAUGAGACCGAAUAGCAACACCCCUAUCAAUGAGAACAGCAACUCAUCAGACAACAAGGGCACCACCAACAACAAAACGCGCGCUGCCUCGAACAGCAAGGGCCGGAGGGGGAGCCAGACGCCAUCAGAGCGCCGCACCCCACCAAACAGCAACACUGAGGACAUCAAGGCCAGUCCCUCCUCAGCUGGAAAACGUAAGACCAAACCAGCUUCGGAUAUGGAACCCAAUUCCAGCUCAGAGGACACCAAAGGCAACAAACGUAUGCGGACAAACUCCAACAGUGGUGUGGGACCAACAGGUCUCCCUAUUCCUUCUAUUAAGACAGAGCCACUUCCACCUCCCCUCGAUCGCAGCUGCCCCUCUCCAGUUCUUAUUGACUGCCCACACCCUAACUGCAACAAGAAGUACAAGCACAUCAAUGGUCUCAAGUACCACCAAGCCCGUGCCCACACUGAUGACGACAUCAAGUUGGAAAUAGAUGGAGACAGUGAAUAUGGAGAGGACUCGACUCUCCACCCUGAACCAGGGAACUGUAAUGGAGCGUCUAUCUCUCAGAAAGGAUGUCUGUCUCCGGCACGUUCGGUUACUCCAAAAGGCAGGAACUUUGAUGCUCAAAGUCCUUCCCCAUCUCCUGGCAAGUUUGGUACAAAGCAGAGUAAAAAGAAACUUGCUGAGACAGAUCCAGAAAUGGGAGGUACCCCGACGGACGGGUGUGAGGAUGGGCCAUGCCUCACUGAUGAGGCCAGUAACGAUGGUAUAGAUGAUAAGAGAGGAUCUGACAAGUCGAAAAAGGCUAGCACAAAGGCUGAGAAAAUGGCUCAGAAAAACAUGAAGUCGCCACGGCCAGUUGGCCCUGGCUCGACAGCAUCCCAGCAGAUGUACCCUUUUCCUCCAGGAAACCCAAAUUCUUCCCCGGGGCUUACCCCAAUGAUACAAGGGAUUCCUAAGAGUCCCCAAAUGAAGGGCACACAGCCUAAACCCCCUGUCAUUGGAGAUCCUUCCUCAAGUAGCUCCAAAGACAAGAAGAAGAAAGACAAGAAGAAAAAAGAUGGGGGGAAGGAGGCUGACAGCCCCAAGCCGCCGGGAAAGGGAGGGAAACUGGAGGAAGGGAAACUUCCAUACCCUGAAAUUUCCGAUCAAGGAAAUAAGGGAGAAGGACUCCUCAAUGGUUCCUCAGAUCCUCACCAGAGUCGCUUGGCCAGUAUCAAGGCUGAAGCUGACAAAAUUUACAGCUUUUCUGACAAUGCUCCUAGCCCAUCCAUUGGUGCAUCCAGUCGGAUAGAUGGCAGUGGGAUGCCACAGCCUCUCACGCCACUUCACGCAGUGAACCAGAAUGGUGGAGACAACUCGUCAGUCAAAACCAAUAGCCCAGCAUAUUCAGACAUUUCAGAUGCUGGUGAGGAUGGUGAAGGAAGAGCUGAUGGUGCCAAAGUCAGGACAGAGGACCAAGCUGUCAGGGAAAGUGUCAAAAAAGCGCUCUUUCCAACCCCGACACCCAGCAAAGAAUCCCCAUACUAUCCCAGCUAUGACACUUAUUACUCACCCAAUUACGUAAACCCCAGUCCUAGUGGGCCCAAUCCAGGCACGCCAGGGGCUGAAGGUCAGAUUAAGAUCAAAAGGGAAGAGGACCAGGACCAAGGUGAGGAGAAAGUCAAAGUUGAGGUUCAUGAAGACCGCAAACCUGACACCAUUGCUCUUGGCCAGCAGCAACAGCAGCAGCAACAACAACAGCAGCAGCAGCAGCAGCAGCAGCAACAGCAACAACAACAACAACAGCAGCAACAGCAGCAGCAGCAACAACAACAGCAGCAGCAGCAGCAGCAGCAACAACAGCAGCAGCAACAGCAGCAGCAGCAACAACAGCAGCAACAGCAGCAGCAACAACAACAGCAGCAACCCUCAGUCAUCCAACAGCGAUCCAACAUGUACAUGCAACCUCUUUACUACAACCAGUAUGCUUAUGUCCCUCCAUAUGCAUACCAUCCUGAUCAAGCCUACCAUAACCACUUGAUUAACACCAACCCAGCCUACCGGCAACAGUGUGAAGAACGACAGCGACAGAUGGCUGAACAGCAUCGUGCUGAGAAGAAGUCAGACGUAGCUUUAAAAGAACGAGAAGCCUCCAUGAAGGAGGAGUGGAAACAAAAGAGCCCAAUGCCGCCAAGCCUCUCCAAAGCCCCAAGUCAGUCGGACCUCGGAAAGACAUCGCAGCCCCCAAGCAAAUCCAGGGACUCGCCCUCUGAGCCCUCUUCAAAAUCCCUAGGAAGCAUAAAGGGGGAGGACUCAAAGUCCCAGCAAGCAGAGGGGCUAAAGAUGAAGCUGACUGAAGCGGGCCACCAUGGAAAGGAAGACGCCAAGCAAGCACUGGAGUCCAGAAGUCAGGCAGGGAUGGAGCAAGCCAUGUGGUACAGACAGCAGUAUCCAGAGAGCCAGAAGCCCCAAGCAGAAGACGAACACCAGCAACAACAACCUCGAUGGAAAGAUGAAAGGGACAGAGAGCGGGAACGCGAUCGUAAAUUAAAGGACGACAGGCCCAGGCCCAAGGACAGUCCAAGUGGGCUUAAGGAGGACGGCAAAGAGGGUAGUGAUCCCAGAAUCACUUCAGAGGACCACCGGGUCAUGAGCAAAGACUCUCGUUCUAAUCCCCACAUGCAGUUCUCAUCACCACUUGCACAGCACCAAGGCUACAUGCCCUACAUGCAUGGUUACCCCUAUGGACAAGGCUAUGACCCCAACCACCCUGGAUACAGGGGCAUGCCCUCGGUCAUGAUGCAGAAUUACCCAGGUUCGUACCUUCCUGGAGGCUAUCCGUUUUCUCCAUAUGGCACUAAAAUAGCCGGGGGUGACGAGGGCGGAGACAAAUCUCGCGCCAGCCCCACCGUCACCAAAACGGCGGCGGACUCCAAAGCCCUGGAUAUCCUGCAUCAGCACGCCAGCCAAUACAAGAGCAAAUCCCCCACAGUAGGUGACAAGCCACCCCACGAGAGGGAGAGGGAGCAGGACAGGGGAGCUGGGGGAGACAGAGAUCGGGAAAGGGAGCGAGAGAGGGAACGAGAAAGAGACGUGGACCGACCGCGCUCCUCGCCCUCGCAGCGCAUCAUGCCCUCGCACCACCACCUGGGGUACCCCUUGCUCUCAGGGCAAUAUGACCUGUCCUACGCCACAGGUCUCUCCUCGUCAGCUAUUGUUGCCAGCCAACAAGCAGCAACCCCCUCCCUCUACCCACCACCGCGGAGGUGAGAACGGGAAACCUGACCGUCACACCUCAACCCUGCAAAGAUUCAUGUGACUGGCUCACAUGAGAAGCAAAUCUCCCGGGUGUUACCUUUUAGACAUCAGUUGAAUGGUGUUUCUAUCUAUAUUUUUAGUCCUUCUGCCCCGAGGCGAAGCAGAUUGUCUUUUUUUUGUUUUGUUUUAGUUUUUUGUCCUACCCUCCUAAAUGAGCCCAGAUUUUCCAAAACCUUGGACUAUAUAACAGGACUGAUAAUAAACCCAGGUUCAAAGCCAUCACUCUGCCUCACCACGCAGAGGAAUCACCAACCCGCUGAUUAUCUAGUCUUUGCACUGUCAACAAAUACAAUGCAAAAAGAGACUAUUGGACUGCCAGAACAGCUUUUUUUGUUGUUGUUUUUUUGUUUUCUUUAUUUCUUUGACUGCAUUGUUUUUUUGUUUUUUUUGUCACACGCAGAAGGAAAUUGGCAGGGGACUUUGAUGAGUUGGGUGGCUGUCGGGGAAAAGGGGAGUCAAACUAAAUAAAAGACUGAAAAGAAAAAAAGAGAAUCAUAUUGAAAUGAUUUCAACUCUGUCUUUGGCUUAUUGUAUGCCGUGAAAUAACAGUAUAUCCUUAACUUGACACAUGUUUGGCUAUAUUUCGGGGGAGGGAAGGGGAGGGGAGGGAAUAUGGCGACCGCUGCUUUCUUCAGAGACUUGAGAGCCUGAGACUGAAGUUUUUUUUCCAUUUUCCAUCAUCAUCGUCAAUUCCCAUCCUCUUUGAACCCUCAGUUCUCGUUUCAGGGAUGAUGUGUUUUUUUUUUUUGCGAAGGGGACCGCACACACCUCAAUGGAGAAUAAACACUAUUCAUGUUUUCUUUUCCCGGUAACACUUCACCCCCUACUCCAUAUCAUUGUGCUCAUCCUUGAAUGUGUCUGAUGCUGGUAUGAGUCCUGUUUUUUGUUGUUGUUUUCCCUCACAAUGAAAAAGGGUCACAUCCGUCGUUGCACUCGAAACGGUGAAGCCACAUCAGCAAGCGACGAAUUCACUGGGGCCCCCGAGGUCUUCUCCGCUUCAUUCGGCUCGCCUCUUUUCAGUUGCUUUCUGUAAACAAUGUGACAUUUCGUUCAAUUCGUGUAUUUCUUCUGCUGUAAUAUAGACUUUUAGCCUACUUUUUCUGUGCAUCAAUGUUUUAUAUUUAUCCCGGCACUGUUAAAAUGGCUUCUCGGCCUUCGCGGUGUCUCACAAUAUGUGCUCCGGGAGCGUCGCUCCCCGGACGUCUGGCCGUGCGUCUUCUUUGCUUGUCCUAGCUGCACUUUUUCUUUCUUUUUUCUUUUAUAUUUUUUGCUCUCUACAUCACAAGCUCACAAUCUUUCUCAGCGUUUCAACGGCGUCUCAAACGGGGCUCAGAUUUUCUCUCGGUGCUUCGCUUGCUCGUGUGGCUUCACCGUAACGCACAUCCACCUCGGACGGGUUAGCGUGGGUUUCUUCUCGCUUUGGAGCCACUGGGCCAAAGAGUCUCGAUACCUCAAGAGGAACAUCCGUCUUUGUUCAGCUGCUGCCUGUGCUGUUAGAUCAUCGACGUGCUGGCACACCAAGCGUGCGCGAAACGACCCCGAUGUUGGAUGAAAAUGAAAACGUUACACCGACCAAUGCGAUGCAGACUGUGAACUUUAAAGGACAAGUGUGUAGGAUUUAGCGGCAUCUCGCAACCAACUGAGUAAACCCCACCCCUCUCCAAAGCGUGCGGAAGAACCUACGGUGGCCUUCAGGUGCAUUCGCGCCACCAAAUUCAAAAAAACGUGAAAGGCCCUAUUCUGGAGCCAGUGUUUGGUUUGUCCCCUCUGGGUUCCUGUAGAAACACGGCUCCCUAAUGUAGAUAUGAAGGGCUCGUUCUAGGCUAACAGAAACACAAUGGCUCUUAGUUUGCAGGUGUUUAUACACUAAUGAAAGCAUACUCGUGAGUAUUACAUACCAUUUCUGCGAAGAUUGCCCCGAAAUCAUAUGCACUGGUCCUUUUUUUAAAUAUGAAGAAGGGUGAGCUCACAGCUAAAGCAACACACAAGUGAAAGGUGACCUUGAUCCCACAGGAGGCUCCACAUUCAGCUGAGAAGAAGCACGUUGUUCCAGGCUUUUCUUUUUGGAUCUCAAACCGGUGUUGCCACUUUGUAAUUUCACUUUAAAUCUAUGGGGGGGGGGGAAGCGACAAGUCAACCCGGCCUGUUCCACCAGAGGACCCUCUUGGCUUUGAGUUACAGUCCUCUAGUCUCUCAGGGGUUGUAAGUGAAAUUCUAUCCAGAUGCCAUUUUGCAUUGAUUCGAGAGGGCUUCUGUUUAUGGGUGAGAAGAAGUAAAGUUCUGCUCUUGAGCCGGGCGUGCUGCUGUUGCGGUUUCAUUCAUAAAUGACAGAUUGGCUCGGCACAGGGACUCGCUAAAGGUGUUAACGGUCUUCACGUUCCUCUGACGCAUCGUAAUGAGAGUAGAAUAUUGACCGCGUUGUCGUUAAAUUUAAUCCUUAUUGAUUUUUUUUCUUUUCUUUUCUUUUUUUUUCCACACUUGUAAUGUUCCCAUUGUUGUAGUUUUUUUUCCCCUCCUUGUUCUCAUUAAAUACUGUUUGUGCUCAAGUCCGUAAGCCACCAGUUCACCUCAUGUUUAACGCCCUCUUGCUUUGGACGUUAGCCGUUUUGUGGAUUAUGAAGCUGCAGCAGUUCAUUUCGAGGUUCUCGAACAUUCCCGGUAAAUAAGUUUCAGGGUUUUUUUACGUCUCACGGAAGUUUGCGAGGUGGUUUAUCUUUUCUUUGCGCAUUUUAAGGAAGAAUGGUUGAAUGUGGUGAUGUUUGACUUGUACUUAAUCUGUAAGGGUGAUCUAGGCAGCUGUGAUGUUGUCAUUAAAGUCGGUGGGUUUUAGGACCAGCGGACUGCAUACAGUACAUAUAGUUUUAUCAGACAAUGGUUGUGACAAGUGCAUUUGUUCUCUCUCCGACUGAGAGUAGUAAUGUUAUCUCGGUAGUAAGCGAAGCCCAGCGGAAAAUCAUAUAUACUGAAGUGUAUGAAAAGCCAGAAAAGUAAUAUUUGCUAUCAACAUAUUGGAAAGUGCUUGGCUCUUGUAUUUUGCAGGACUGUAUUUGUUUCAUGGUGAAGAGUAUAUUUAUUGGCCAGCAGUUGUCUCAAUUGGUGCCUAGUGGAACAUUCUUCUGUGAGAACACAGAGACACUUGCUCGUUUGUCCUUUUUUUCAAACCCACCUACUCUCUCUCUCCUUUCCUCCCCCCCCCACUCCCCAUAUCCCCCCCUUCCCCCUAUCACCACCACCACCACCCCAAAAAGUACCCGUUCUGGUGCUUGCAAGGAUGUUUACAAUGUUUACAUUUUCUUUCUGUGCGAGCUAUUCGGAACUCUUCACCCUCUCCUCCUUUCUUCUCCCUCCCUUCAGGAGUUUGUGUAAAGUGUACAUUGCCAUGGUUCUUUUUUAUACAAUUACUCUGUAACUUGCCUUUGUAAAUUUGGGCUGGAAAAAAAUAAAUCUUUUUAUGAGA